AGCCCCAGGGAGCUGAGAACACAUUCAACACCAACGUUUAUUCAACUGUGAACCUUCAUUCAGUGGAUUCAACUGGGACCAAAGCAGCACAGGAUGGCCCUGCUGAGGUCUGGAUGGUUAUGGAGGCAGACUUCCAUCUUCAGGCGUUGGAAGUUGAACUGGUGCGAUCUGUGGAUCGACGGCAGCCUCUGCUUCUAUAAAACUGAGCGCAGACGAGAGCUGGAGCAUCGCAUCAGCCUGAAGACCGGAUGUGUGGACGUCAGGUCAGGCCUGGAGUGUGGAGAUGUGAGUCCACCAGAGACCAACCCCAGAGAGAACCUGAUCGUGGUCCAGCUCAGAGACGGGUCCACUGUGAACCUGUGUGCCAACAGUGAGGACGAGUCCAUAGCGUGGAAACUGACCCUGUUGGAGACCAGAAGGAACCCGGUUUUCUCAUAUGAUCCAUACGAUGACUCCUACCAGGCCGUCCCCAUCAGCAGUUACCGCACCGUCUACAUCACCCCUGGAGCUGGACCAGGUACCCAUCAGGUGGUGGUCCACAGAGACCCCUACGAUGACCUGGCUGAGAGCGUGGUCCUGGGUCUGGUGGCCGGUAUGACGGCCGGGGUGGCCAUGAGGUCCUUCCUGUGGAUGCCCUUCUUCUUCUGCUGAGCUGGAGCCACAUCAGCCAAACUGACGCCCACAUAGAACCGCUUCAUCUGACACUGUUCUGAAAACAAAGGGUCCACCGUGUUCUUCUGC